AUGGGAAGCCUUGCAAGGUCAUCGCGAAUACUAGGCGAGGCUGCAAAGAGAGCUCCACCUACUCUCCGCAACAACACAAACAGAACUCUGGCAACUGCUGCUACUCAAGUCGCCCCUAAUCCAUCCAACUCAACCCUCUCAUACACAUACCCACAAUCAUUGCGUAAUGUCCCUGAAACUAGAGUCACAAAGCUAUCCAAUGGUUUCACUAUCGCUACUGAAUCGAACCCAAACUACCAAACUGCAACUGUCGGUGUUUGGAUUGAUGCUGGUUCUAGAUCCGAAACUGCAAAGACGAACGGUACAGCUCACUUUUUAGAGCAUAUGGCCUUCAAGGGAACAAAGUCAAGGACACAAACACAACUAGAAACCCAAAUCGAAAACAUGGGUGGUCACUUGAACGCAUACACUUCCCGAGAACAAACCGUAUACUAUGCCAAAUCAUUGGCAUCAGAUGCCCCUGUAGCAGUCGAAAUCCUCUCUGAUAUCCUACAAAACUCGACUUACAGCGAAGACUCUAUCGAACGAGAACGUAAAGUCAUAUUGAGAGAAGCCGAAGAAGUAGACAAGAACAAGGAAGAAGUAGUAUUCGAUCACUUGCAUGCUUCUGCCUUCCAAGGAAACGCUCUAGGUCGUACCAUCUUGGGACCAACUGAAAACAUAAAAUCAAUCACCCGUAAAGACUUGACUGAUUACAUCACCACCAAUUAUACUCCUGAUCGUAUGGUAUUAGCUGCUGCUGGUGGUGUCGACCACGACUCGUUAGUAAAAUUAGCCGAAAAACACUUUGGAAGUCUUGCCGCUGGGUUGUCUCGACCUAAAGCUCUAGGAAAGGCCCCAUUCGUAGGUUCAGAUCUCCGAGCCCGUUUCGACGACCACCCUACUGCUCAUUUAGCUCUAGCAGUACAAGGUGCAUCAUGGACUUCACCCGACUACUGGGCAUUGUUGGUAGCUCAAGCCGUAAUUGGAUCCUGGGAUCGAUCAUUAGGAGCAGCAGGCCACGUAUCGUCCAACUUGGCACAAAACGUCCAUAAAUGGGACCUAGCCAACUCCUUCAUGUCUUUUAAUACUUCAUAUUCAGAUACCGGCUUAUUUGGUGUAUAUGCCAUUAGCGAGAACUUUACAGGUCUGGAUGACUUGAUCCACUACAUCCAAACCGAAUGGCAUCGUCUCGCCAUCAACUUGACGGAUGGUGAAGUAUUCCGUGCCAAAAACCAGUUAAAGACUUCGUUAUUGUUGGCUUUGGAUGGAACUACUCCCGUAGCUGAAGAUAUUGGGCGACAAAUGCUGGUAUAUGGCAAGAGACUCACUCCUUGGGAAGUGGAUCAAUUGAUUGAGCAAGUUACUGCUGCUGAUGUUAUGAAGGUUGCUCAAGAAUAUCUCUAUGAUCAGGAAGUUUGUGUUGUUGGGUAUGGACCAAUUGAUGGGUUACAAGAUUAUCAAAGAAUAAGAGCUGCUAUGGCUCCUGCUGUUGGCUGGUAA